AUGGCGAGUCCAUCUCCAAUUUCCCCAUCAGAUGGAGGUCUGAAACGCAAAGAUUUCCCUGAUGAUUUCGUUUUCGGUUUUGCUGCUUCUGCUUACCAGUACGAAGGUGGAGCUCAAGAAAGAGGAACAAACAUCUGGGAUACUUUCCUCGAGAAAUACCAUCCCAAGGUGGUGGAAAAAGGUGGACUCAAUGCCAUCGACCAUUACCAUCGAUAUGAGGAGGAUAUCCGCAUCAUGAAGGAAAUGGGCAUUGAUUCCUAUAGGUUCUCAAUCUCCUGGUCCAGAGUGUUACCCAAUGGAAGGAAAAAAGUUGGAAUAGAGGUAGACAAAUAUAAAGAAUGGGACGGCGUGAAUUACAAGGGAAUAGAGUUCUACAAGCAAGUCAUUAGUGAUCUCAAAGCAAAUGGCAUUGAACCAAUGGUGACUCUAUUUCACUGGGAUCUUCCUCAAGCCUUGGAAGAUGAGUAUGGAGGGUUUUUAGACAAGAGGGAACCAAAGAAAAUUGUACAAGACUAUUGCGAUUAUGCCAAGCUUUGCUUUGAACAUUUCGGGAAGGAUGUGAAAAGAUGGUUAACAUUCAAUGAGCCAUGGAACUUUGCAAUUGGUGGCUAUGCUACCGCGCUACACGCGCCCGGCCGGGGAGGAGACACCCCAACUUUGAGGAGGGCAAUGGCGGCCGCUCUCCCUCCGACACGUGACCCAAAGACGGAGCCCUAUAUAGUGGCACAUAAUAUACUCCUAGCUCAUGCUGCAGUUGUUAAACUAUACCGAACACAAUUCCAGAAAGAGCAAAAAGGUGAGAUUGGAAUUUCAUGCGAGUCGAUAUGGACAGAACCAUUAUCUGAUACAGCCAAGGAUCAAGCAGCUGCUGAUCGAGUGCUUGAUUUCAUGUUUGGAUGGUUUCUGAAUCCUAUAACCUAUGGUCAAUAUCCAACGGUGAUGUUGGAUCGUCUCAGCCAUCUAGGGCGUCCACUUCCUCCAUUCUCAGACGACGAGCAAAGAGAUUUGAAAGGGUCGUAUGAUUUCUUGGGGUUGAAUUAUUAUACUUCUAAUUAUGUGUAUGAUGAUGAAGCAGUUGGUCUUAAAAAUAGUUUCUACACUGCUGACUCCGGAGGCAAAUGCACCCCUUUUCGAGAUGGAGUGCCAAUUGGUGAACAGGCUGGUUCUAGGUGGCUGUAUGUGUAUCCCAAAGGUAUUCGAAAAUUGUUGGUUCAUAUUAAGGACAAGUAUGGAGAUCCAGUAAUUUAUAUCACAGAGAAUGGACGUGAUGAGUUGAGGGACGACAAUUUAUCGUUAUGGGAAUCAUUCUAUGACUACAAAAGGAUAGAAUACCACCAUCAACACCUUCUUGCCAUCAAGAAAUCAAUGGAUGAAUCCAAGGUGAGAGUCAAAGGGUAUCAUGCUUGGACAUUGAUGGAUAACUUGGAGUGGAGUUCUGGUUUCAACUGUCGUUUUGGGACCAAUUUCAUAGAUUUCAAUGAUAAUCUGAAGAGUGAUUUCCCUGAUGAUUUCGUUUUCGGCUUUGCUGCUUCUGCUUACCAGUAUGAAGGUGGAGCUGACGAGAGAGGACCAAACAUCUGGGACACUUUCCUCGCAAAAUACCAUCCUGAUGUGCUGAAAGAUGGUGGAUUGAAUGCCAUUGACCAUUACCAUCGAUAUGAGGAGGAUAUCCGCAUCAUGAAGGAAAUGGGCAUUGAUUCCUAUAGGUUCUCUAUCUCCUGGUCCAGAGUGUUACCCACUGGUAGAAGGGUCAUAAAUCCGUUGACAGGGAAAGAAGAAGGUGUGAACUACAAGGGAAUACAAUUCUACCAGCGACUCAUUCGCGAACUCAAAGCAAAUGGCAUCGAACCUAUGGUGACUAUUUUCCACUGGGAUCUUCCUGAGGCCUUGGAGGACGAAUACCUUGGAUUUUUAGACAGGAGCGAACCCAAGAAGAUUGUACGGGACUAUUGUGACUAUGCAAAGCUAUGCUUUGAGUAUUUUGGAGAUCAUGUGAAGAGAUGGUUAACGUUCAACGAGCCAUGGAACUUUUGUAUCGGUGGAUACGCGACGGGCCAACACGCGCCCGGCCGUGGAGGUUCACGCGACUUGAUGAGGGAAAUAGCAGCCUAUCUCCCUUCGAGUCGUGUGACCUCGGCCGAAAUUGCAGCCAAGAUACCUUCAACUCCGGUUGAAGGUGACCCGAAGACGGAACCUUACUUAGUAGCCCAUAACAUACUUCUUGCUCAUGCUGCUGCUGUCAAAUUAUACAGGACACACUUCCAGGAAAAGCAAAAGGGUGAGAUUGGAAUUGCAUGUGAAUCGAUUUGGGCUGAGCCAUAUCAUCCAACGUCCACGGACGAUCAAGAUGCUGCUGAACGAGUGCUUGAGUUCAUGUAUGGAUGGUUUCUGAAUCCUGUGACUUAUGGUCAAUAUCCAACUGUGAUGAUUGAUCGUCUCAAAGCUAAGGGGCGUCCACUUCCUCCAUUCUCAGAUGAUGAGCAAAGGGAUUUGAAAGGGUCGUAUGAUUUCUUGGGGUUGAAUUAUUAUACAUCUAACUAUGUUUACAAUGAUGAAUCAGAUGAACGCAAGGGUUUUUACACCGUUGACUCUGGUGGCCGAUGCACUCCUUUCGAUCCAGAAGGAAAGCCAAUUGGUGAAAAGGCUGGUUCCGAUUGGCUGUAUGUGUAUCCAAAAGGACUUCUGGAACUCUUAUAUUACAUUCAAAAGAAAUACUUGAAUCCCAACAUUUACAUUACUGAGAACGGGCGCGACGAGUUGAGGGAUGACAAGUUAUCACUGUGGCAAUCAUUCUAUGACUAUAAACGGAUUGAAUACCACUACAAACAUCUUUCUGCCAUCAAGACAGCACUCAAUAAGGACGAUGUGAGAGUGAAAGGAUAUCAUGCAUGGUCACUGAUGGACAACUUAGAGUGGGAAAAUGGUUUCAAAUGUCGUUUUGGGACCAACUUCAUCGAUUUCAAUGACACCCUGAAGAGGUAUCCCAAGUUGUCUGCUGCAUGGUUCAAGUACUUCCUUCAAAAAGAUCACAAUUAA